AUGGAGGACGCAGCCUCUGGGUACCCGGGCAGCCUCUUGCUCAGGAGCCAUGCUCACAUAGAGGCAAGGCUCACAGAGAGCACCCGGGCGAUUUUGCAAUCCUGGCCGCUAUUUCUGUGCCGUUGGAGUUUAAACUUUGCCACUCGGGUCAGGGUGAGGAGGAGGAGGUGGCUGGACUCGGCGUCCGCCCCGCUGCGUGUGCCGAGGGGGUUCAGAAGCCAGGACGGAUCCGCUGGUUUGGGAUCUCACACAGCCAUGGCCUCCACUGUGGGUAGCCUCGACAGCCUCGACCUGCUGGACCUCCUCUUCGACCGCCAGGACGGGAUCCUCCGUGGCGUGGAGCUGGGGACAUCCCCGGGCACCUGGCACGAGGAUGGGCGCGCUCGGGACGGCGAUGACUUCCUCAGCUCCAUCCUGGGCUCUGGGGACUCAGCAUCCGACUCUCCCAGCUGGUCCCCAGCCGCCAGCGACAGCGGGGUCUCCGAGGACCCCUCCUCCGACCACCUCGACAGCCCCCCGGGGUGCUGCGACGGGGGGCUCGGCGAGGCCCCGUACCCCUACGCCAACCCCUGCCAGGUGCUGCCGCUCCCCGGGGGCACUGGGGCCCCGCGCCCCGAGGUCUCCAUUGACCUGGACAUGUGGCACCCCGGCUUCUUCAUGGAGGAGGGCCGGGACCUGCCCGUGGUCUCCGCACCCGCGUCCUGCACCCUCACCGUCAAGGACCUGCUGCUCUCAGGCAGCUCUGACGCUCAGCCGCAGGCGCCCAGCUCCCUGCUGAGGCAGAGCCAGGGCCAGUUCCAGGAGCUGGUGCUGACGGAGGACGAGAAGAAGCUGCUGGCGAAGGAGGGGGUGUCCCUGCCCACGCAGCUGCCCCUCACCAAGUACGAGGAGCGGGUGCUGAAGAAGAUCCGUCGGAAGAUCAGGAACAAGCAGUCAGCGCAGGAGAGCCGCAAGAAGAAGAAGGAGUACAUCGACGGGCUGGAGAGCCGGAUGUCAGCGUGCACAGCCCAGAACCAGGAGCUGCAGAGGAAAGUCCUGCACCUGGAGAAGCAGAACUCGUCCCUCCUGGAGCAGCUGAAGAAACUCCAGGCCCUCGUGGUGCAGUCGAGCAACAAGGCAGCACAGACGGGGACCUGCAUCGCGGUCCUGCUGCUCUCCUUCGCGCUCAUCGUCUUCCCCUCCAUCAGCCCGUUCGCCCCGAGCAAGGCCGAGGCAGACGGGGACUUCGGACCGGUGCGAGUUUUCUCCAGGUCCCUGCACAACGCCGCUGCCUCCCGCGUGGCUUACGCGCAGCCCCGAGCCAGGGACGAGAAGCCCCCGGAGCCGCUGUGGUCGGAGCACGCAGGCGAAAGCCUCGAGACGCUGCACGAAGCUUUCAGCGGCCGCUCCUUCUCUCCGCGCCCGGACGAGGCUUCGCCCCGCAACAGCAGCCGGCCGCUCGCCUCCGACAGCCUGAGCCACGGGGACAGGGAGCGAGACGGAGCCACGUCGGGGGGUGGCAGCACGUCGGGGGGUGGCAGCACGUCGGGGGACGGCCUGGCAUCGCUCGCGUGGACCAAGGGCGACCACAGCAGCCGGCCCGCGGUGCUGGAGCCGGCCGAGGAGCUUUAA